UGUCAUUGACACCAUCACAUAAACUUCAACUAUCAGCUAAAUUAGGAAACCACACUGUAAAAUCCCAGCAAUUUACAGUUGAAAAUUUUGGCGCAUUAUAUCUUAUAAUAUAAUAUGAAGGAAUCAACAACAAUAUUAGUAGCUUUUCCCUAAAUUCCACCGCUUUUUGUCAAAAGUUUCAACUUUGCUCUAAAAAUCAAGAUUUCUCCUUUUGAAUGAUGGUAGCAAUUUAGUAUUGAGCUGAGAAUAAGAAGAAAGUGUAAAAAUUGAUGGGGAAUUGUUUUGGAUCAGAGAAUCUUGAUCCUAAUCCUAGUAACAAAAGCAACUCAUCAACUAGACCUUCUACCCCAGAUACAUCAAAGAACUACAGUGGUGGUGUUGGAUUUUCGACUAGUAGUAGUACUGGGCGUAGCCGUUUUUCAGCAGCUGCAAGCGAGGAUUCAUGUUCGAAUGGAGAAAUAUUGCCUACUCCAAAUUUGAAGACUUACAGUUUUUCUGAUCUGAAGGCUGCCACAAGAAAUUUCAAGUCUGAUACAGUUUUGGGGGUGGGAGGCUUUGGGACUGUAUUUAAAGGAUGGGUCGAUGAGAAGACGCUUACUCCAACUAAAGUUGGAACUGGGAUGGUUGUUGCCAUCAAGAAGUUGAACUCAGAGAGCAUGCAGGGAUUUGAAGAGUGGCAGGCAGAAGUUAACUUCUUAGGAAGGCUUUCACACCCAAACCUUGUUAAAUUGUUGGGAUAUUGUUGGGAAGACAAGGAACUGUUACUUGUAUAUGAAUUCAUGCCAAAGGGAAGCUUGGAGAACCAUCUUUUCAGAAGGAGCACAGCUAUUGAACCACUUUCUUGGGAGUUGCGGCUCAAAAUUGCCAUAGGAGCGGCACGAGGUUUAGCUUUUCUACAUUCUUCAGAAAAGCAGAUCAUUUACAGAGAUUUCAAGGCCUCCAAUAUACUUCUCGAUGGGAGUUACCAUGCAAAGUUAUCCGAUUUUGGCUUAGCUAAAGUUGGGCCUUCAGCUGGGAACUCACAUGUGACUACUCGUAUCAUGGGAACAUAUGGUUAUGCUGCUCCUGAAUACAUUGCAACAGGUCAUCUGUAUGUAAAAAGUGAUGUAUAUGGAUUUGGUGUUGUCUUGCUUGAGCUGUUAACAGGCUUACGAGCACUUGACACAAAACGACCUGGCGGACAGCAUAAUUUGGUGGACUGGAUGAAACCGAUGCUUUCUAACAAAAGGAAGCUGAAGUCCAUUAUGGACGCCCGAAUGGAAGGCCAAUAUAGUUCAAAGGCAGCAAUACUUACUGCUCAGCUUACUAUAAAAUGCCUAGAAGGAGAACCUAAGAAGAGGCCUUCUAUGAAAGAAGUAGUGGAAGUAUUGGAACAAGUUGAAUUGAUAAAGGAGAAAUCAAAACCUUCCAAAAGCAAAUCCGAGUCUUCAUCUCAUCGAUACAAGCAGUCACCGAGAAGUUAUCCUUCUCCACGUGGUGCAAGCAACCAUGGAUCCGGAGCCGGAUCUGGAAGAUGACAGGUACAACUGGAAAGGCAAACGCGAGCUGCUGAAAAAUGAGUUUGUUUAUACAUUUAAUUGUAUUGAAUUUGUUGUAGUCCAAUUUGGUUUAAUCAUUGUUUUGGAUUACAAAUUUUGUAAAAUUGUCUGUCACAUCUGUACUCCAUGGGAAUAAAUGUAUUUCUAUCGUUUAUAAGAAAACUGAUUUCAUUUGUGGAA